AUGGACCAAUCCGCUCUACCACCAACGCCCGAUCCUGACAACCUUGAUCCAGCCAUGACGAUGGCUUUGGAUGCUCCCGUGAUAUCCCCUGUCGCUGAACCAGUAGCCGAUACGACUUCCACCACACACCUAAAGGCCAAUUCACCUAAGAUUCUUACUUCCGAUAUCACUAUCAGCGGUACAGCUACAAUCGAACCGGGGAAGCAAAAGCAGAAGACAAAAGAUCUUCCAAGCACCGAAACAGAACUCAGCGAUGAACAGAUAUCAUCUCUCUUUUAUCAGCCCCCUACCGUGCGCAAAAUAUAUACGGUUUACUUCAGUAAAUCUACUGGCCGAAUCCAUACCGCGGCUAGGAGAUUGCUUUUUCAGAGAGGAGAGGACAACAACUUAUGUCAUCCAGACCAUGUUCUGCAAUCAAAUGAUCCGAAAUGGAGAAAGACGUUGCUUUGGUAUGAAGACCCGGACAACUACAACUACAAAGGAGAGUUUUUCACUCGCAAGCGCAUGAGACGCACGAUUGACCCCAUGGGAUCACAGCCAGACUUCGAAGAACUGGAACUUCGCACGACAGAUGAGAUCUCGCUUCUCACCGAUUCUAUCCUCAAGGAAUCAAUCAAAGCGAAGCGAAACAGAAUGUUUUGCGCGCGGUUUGCAACCCGGGUGUAG